AUAGCAUAAGUAGCAAAGGGCAACCUUUUAACAGUUCAUUUUGGUGAAACUCUAGAACAGAAAAUAUUGUGAGGAACUUAUAACAUCUGAAUCUGAUCAAACAAAAGUAAGUACAGGAAGAACUAUUCUUGAGCAAUGUACUUGCAAGCUUUUUUCAUUGUUGUGCUGCACAUAAUCCCGGUAAAGACAACUGUUCCUGACCAGAGCAGAUGUGAAGAUAAAGUGAAUACUUGCAUUAUCCGUGAUGGAAUCCCUGGUGCCAAUGGAUUACCAGGCAGAGAUGGGUUCGUGGGGCCUAAAGGUGAAAAUGGAGAACAAGGACUGCGAGGGAUCCAGGGUCCGCCAGGGAAAGCUGGGCCUCCUGGGCAGAAAGGAGAUCUUGGACCCAUAGGAGAGAAAGGAUCACCUGGAAGUUGUGAUGAUUCAGAGUUGAAUCUGCUAAAAACGCAGAUUAAGGAUUUACAAAUGGAAAUGAAGAAUCUGAAAGAAGAUAUCAAAAAAGAGAAAGUGUCUUAAGGCUGUUGAAAGACAAAACAGGACAGCCUUCAACCUGGUGAGAUUCCUGGUUCCUGAUUCAUGCCAUCCGCAGUUACCGAAGCUUGCCAGGUGUCCCUCAGUAUCCACGGGAACUAGAAAAACUCCAAAUUUCUGACAUCAUUGCAACCUGAUCCCCUCCUCUGAGAUGUCCCUUGUAUUUUCAUCCUCCAGAACAGUCUGCUCUGCUGUGUUGAAAAAGCCCAUACUUCUAACAGGCAGGAGCAGUGUUUCUUAAACUCUGCUCCUCCAGAUAUUUAAACUUCCAUAAUUUCUAAAAGCUGGCAAACUGGCUGGGAUUUCUGGGAGCUGAUGUCCAAAACACCUGGAGGACCAAAGGCUGAGAAACACUGGGUUGGAGAGUAGAUUCAAGUUGUUGGACCUUCUCUUGCAACAGAGUGCUAAGUAUUUGGAAAGAUGUCAAGGUCUCAGAUGUUCCAAAUGGCUUUUAACGGCUAUAUUUUGUUAACUAUGUGUUUAAUAAAGACACUUCUUAAAAACAAUCUGAACAAAAACAACUGAUUUUUGGAAAUGGUAUCAUGUUUGUAUAAUAAGUAUUUUAACAGCAAGAAAUUGUCUAAAACGAUUAUUCUAGUAUUUGUUUGAGAUGGUUAAAACUGAAAAGAAGCUAUUAUAUCAGAUUUUAUAAAACACUGUAGGCAUUUCUCUCUCUCUCUCUUUUAAAAAAGCUCUUUCUAGUAAUGUAAAAUAAUAGUGCAUCUUUAACAUUUGGAGUGGCAUCAAUCAGCCAGGUUUUACAAGAGGCAUCAGCAAAGGGAAAAAUCCCACAUAAAUA